AUGAGCCAUAGAAGUCUUUCUAUUGACUAUUCUGAAAAACUGGAUACCUUUGGGGAUGGUUGUCUUCCUGAAACUUAAGCAAUGUCAUCAUUAUUUUUGAAUUACUUAAAGACUUAAUCAAUAAGCGAAUCAGAUUCUUUAAAAAAAUCUAAAGAAUAUUUGAAGAAGUUGUAGACUGCUAUCGUAAUAUUGAGUUGGUAUGAGGCGAUAGCGUUUUUUGGUUGCAUUACAACUAUGAUUAUCAGUUAUGAAUUAUAAUUAGUAUACAUUGCCAUAGGACUAUUUAUCAAAUUGUUAGCAAUCAUAAGAUUAGCUAAUUCAGCAAGAAAACAAAAAAAGUAUGUUGGAUUGAAAUCUUCAAUCACAAGAAAAGUUUUCAUACAUUUUUUAAAAUAGAAUAUUAAUUUUGAUCCUGAAAAUAGAAUUGAAAUAAGAUUAAUUGACCAAAUUAUUGCAUCUAAAUUGACUUUUUAGGUAAUUCUUAAGGAAUUUGUUAAAUUUCAUAUAAUAACUGUAAUAAUUAUUGUAUAAAUAACAAUAGUGAUCUAUGUUAUUUAUUUUUAGUUUAUUCUUUCAGAAUUUUAGGGUAACAAAUAUCUAAUUUUCUCUGAAUUUGCAUUAAUUACACUACCACUUACGUUAACAUUGAUUGCAUCGAUCUCAAUUUUGAUAUUUAUUGGAUUUAACUCGUUAAUCAACCUUAUUCAUCUGAUAAUUAGAGCAAUAAUUAAAGUAUGUGUUUUUAUUCCUCGUGUUUUGAGAUCUUUAUUCAAGAUAUUUAGAAUAAAAAAGGAGAAACAUUUUGUUUUGAUGAAAUAUAUUCACAAUUCAUUUACAUAGAAAGACAUUUGUUCUAUUUGUCUAUGUUCAAUCUAAAAUCAAGGCAUUUUGUUACCAUGCAAACACUUAUUUCACAUAAAAUGUAUUGAAAAGUGGUUUUUCGAAAAUAACUCAUGUCCGAUUUGUAGAUCAAAAAUUACUAAUUUAGACAAAAACCAAGAAGUAUGA